AAUAAUAAUUGAGAUUUGCGAUGAUCUCCCCACUAAUCUGGGCCCUUUAAAUCCCAAACAAAAAACAAUCAGCCAAAGCAUUAAAAGGGUGCCACAUACACCUGCUUGCUUUUCACCUCUGCUUCUGUUUCAGCCGUUUAAAUUAAAAUUCAUCCAAGUUCAUCUGCAAUUUCAUACCCAGAUGGCGGAUCGGAUGGAGAUUUAUAGCAUGGAUGAUGCUCUUCUGAGCUUAGGAUUUGGAAAAUACCAAUCCUUUAUUCUUAUUUAUGCUGGACUAGGAUGGAUUUCAGAAGCCAUGGAAGUGAUGAUUCUUUCGUUUGUUGGACCAGCAGUACAGACUGAAUGGAAUCUUACUUCAGAGCAAGAGAGCCUUAUCACCACUGUGGUGUUUGCUGGCAUGCUGUUUGGGGCAUAUACGUGGGGUGUAAUUUCGGAUAGAUUUGGAAGAAGGAAAGGAUUUUUGGCUACAGCGAUGAUUACUUCUAUAUCUGGUCUUCUAAGUGCAGUUGCUCCUAACUACAUUACAUUAAUAACAUGCCGUUGUUUGGUUGGUGUUGGUGUCGGAGGUGGUCCUGUAUUAUUGGCUUGGUUUUUAGAGUUUGUGCCAGCGCCAAGGAGAGGCACUUGGAUGAUUAUUUUCCAAGGAUUUUGGACUGUUGGUACAGUCUUAGAGGCUGGCAUUGCAUGGAUUGUUAUGCCAUGGUUGGGAUGGAGGUGGCUUCUUGCUCUGUCUGCAGUGCCUGCAUUUCUUUUGCUGGUGUUUUAUUUUGUGGUUCCUGAAUCUCCAAGGUACUUGGUUCUGAAAGGCGAAAAACAGGGUGCCAUGCGAAUAUUGGAGAAGAUAUCCAAAGUUAAUAAAACAGAGUUGCCAUCUGGUGAUCUUUGCUCUGAUAUGGAAAUUGAGCAGUUAAGUGGUGUUCCUCCAGAACGUAAACCAUUGUUACAAAGUGUACAAGCAGGAGUUGCACCUCCUCCCAAUUCUCAAGAUAGUCCUCACACGGGGAUGCUUGAAUCAUUGUCAAUGCUUCUUUCACCAAAACUAAUUAGGUCAACCUUGCUUUUAUGGGUAGUAUUUUUCGGAAAUGCCUUUACUUACUAUGGCCUUGUGCUGUUGACCACGGAGUUAAACAAGACUGACAGUACAUGCCAUCUAAGACAAGUUGGUUCACAAGAGUCUGCCAAUGUCAAUUACAGAAAUGUCUUUAUUACUAGCUUUGCUGAAAUUCCUGGCCUGGUCCUUGCUGCUGUCAUUGUUGAUAGACUUGGUCGUAAAGUUUCAAUGGCAGCUUUGCUCUUUUUAUGUUUCCUCUUCAUGUUGCCGCUUAUGCACCAUCAGUCAGACGGUCUAACAACAGCUUUGCUCUUUGGAGCUCGAGCAUGCAUUAUGGGAUCUUUCACACUCAUGUUUUUAUAUGCCCCAGAGAUAUACCCAACAGUUGUGCGGAGUACUGGUGUUGGACUUGGGAGUUCGAUGGCAAGAAUUGGUGGAAUGGUCGCUCCAAUGGUAGCUAUAAGCCUGAUACAUGGAUGUCAUCAAACUAUUUCCAUUCUCCUUUUCCUCGGUGUGGUAUUACUUUCUGGGAUCUGUGUCAUGUUGUUUCCUAUUGAAACCAUGGGCCGCGAGUUGACAGAUAGCUUUUUCGAUAGCAGUACCUAUGAACGCUUAGUAGCCUAAAUUCUUAUGUAGUUCAUGUAUGUGUUCUUCUUCGUAAAAGCCAAUGAGGUCGUGGCCUAGUUGUCAAGACUGAGGUCUUGGACACAUUAGGUUCCAGAUUUCAAUCUGUUGUCUUGUCUCUUAUUUUUAUGGAUCUCUUUGUACUGAUUUGUUAUCUCCUUGUACUGAUUUUUUGCAUCUCUUAUAAACUACAGUAAUAAUAAUUAAAAAAGAAGAAAUAUCUUCUUGUUCUUGUAGAA